AUGUCGUUCUCUGGGUUCGACGAUAUUCCUCAGUGGGGAGCACCCACCCCGUCUACGGGAGAUAUUGUGACAACAGCCAUCAAGAAAGACAAAGUCAUCAAGGAAAUCGUUGCUGCUCAGGAGGACCUACGCGCCAUGUUGGCGAAGGCCAAAGGCGUCCAGGGAGAUGUUGACAAACUUGUCUCUGGCAACGAGACGCUGCAGAUGUACAUCGACAACCUUACUAUGCAGAUGGCAAAGCGCCGCGGGUAA